AUGAAUGUGUCAAUUUUGUUGCUUGUUGUGAGUGCCGUCUGCCUGGGAGCAGCGUCAGCAGCGCCUCAGUUGAGACAGCGCAACGAGAAGCAGGUCCAGACGGUCGAGGAUGAGUUCCCAUACAAGGGAGCUACCAUUGAGGAAGUGGUUGUGGAGUCUGCCCUGUACAUCAAGCCCAAGGCUACACAGCAGAUUAGACGCGUGAGAUCGGCAGAUUCAGCAGAUUCGGCAGACUCCCUUCUUCAAGGCAUUUAUGCGACACACAAGCGGGUGAAGCGUGGCCGGGGAGGCCGAGGUCCUGGCUUUGGUGACCAAUACGCAGGAAAUCCUGGUUUUGGCGCUGGGUUUGGUGGCGGCUUUGGCGGCAACCAAGGAUUUGGCGGCAACCAAGGAUUUGGCGGCAGUGACUCACAGGUUGGCAGCUCAGCAGGAGCUGGAGGAACUAAAGCCGGUGUUGAUGUUGGCGCCGGACCCAAUGGCGGCAAUGCCGAUGCCAAUGUCCAGCUGAAUCCACUCGGUCCACUCGGACCCAGCGGCUUCAACCAGGAACAGGCUGUCUCCAAUGGCGCUGCCCACAGCAACUACAACCACGGACACAAUGCCGGCUCCUCGGCGGCCAAUGCCCAGGCCCAGGGAUUCCAGUCGCAGACUGCCAAUGGUUCCUUCGGCGCCUCCUCCGCCAGCACGGCCACCCAGUCGCAGAACAUCAGUCCAUUCGGCAGCAACAAUGCCGCUGGAGCCUCGCUGAGUCAGGUGUACAAGCUGCCCAAUGGCCAGACGAUCAAUUUCAGUUCCACCAAUAGCUUUGCCAACAACGGGGCCAACCAGGGAAACAGUCACGGCGCAGCGGUGUCUGUGAGCCGCUAAGCGACAGUCGACAGCUUAUUUAAUUUUUAUGUGUGCAAUUAUUUAAAUGUGCAAAUAAAUAAUUAUUUUUCGAAUGCAA